CACACACACACACACACACCAUGUUUGAGGCCCGCCUGCCGCAGGGUGACCUGCUCAAGAAGAUUCUCGAGGCCGUGAAGGACCUCGUGACGGAUGCCAACUUUGACUGCUCGUCGACGGGCAUCUCGCUGCAGGCUAUGGACUCGUCGCACGUCUCGCUGGUCUCGCUCCUCAUGCGGGCGGACGGGUUCGAUCACUUCCGCUGUGACCGCAACAUCUCGAUCGGGCUCAACCUGCUCGCCAUGUCCAAGGUUGUGCGGUGCGUGGGCAACAACGACGCAGUGACGAUGAAGGCCGACGACAACGGUGACCUCGUGACGCUCAUGUUUGAGAGCCAGGACGGGUCCAAGGUCUCCGACUGGCAGCUCCGCGGGUUGGACAUCGACUCGGAGCGCCUUGGCAUCCCGUCGACCGACUACUCGUCGGUUGUCACCAUGCCGUCGGCUGAGUUUGCCCGCAUCUGCCGCGAUCUCUCGGUCAUCGGCGAUACCGUGGUCAUCACCACCACCAAGGAGGGAGUCACCUUUGCCUCCAAGGGUGAGCUCGGGACAGGUAAGAUUGCGCUCCGCCAGUCGGCCGCUAUCGACGACGAUGCCGACUCGCCGGGCGUCUCCAUCGAGCUUCAGGAGCCCGUCUCGCAGUCGUUUGCGCUCCGCUACCUCUCGUUCUUCACCAAGGCCACUCCGCUUGCCCCGACCGUCACCAUCUCCAUGUCCAACGGUGUCCCGCUCGUCGUCGAGUACCCCGUCGGCGACAUGGGCCACAUCCGCUUCUACCUCGCGCCCAAGGUCGAGGACGAUGCCUAAUUGCUUCUUCCCCCUUCCCCCCCCCCCUCCCCUAACACCAAAUCAAAGAACCACACACACACACA